AUGGCCGACGGAGUUGAAAAACGAAUGAAUCUAAAAUCUCGCCAAAAACAUACACGGGAGCGAUUUUAUCAUUUUCUCAAGCUAGUAGAAAAGAGCUCACUUCAACAGAACGAGAAUUCUACAAGCGAAGAAAGUGAGGACGAAAUUGAUGAAACAAAAAGAUCGCCAGAAAAUAAAAAGCGAAGGCUACGGUCCGACACAAAACACGAUAUAAGCGAACUCUCAGAAAGAAAUAAACAGCUUUCGAAAGGCAAAAAUAAAAAGCAGAAGGGAACAAGCCAAGAUGGGAAGGAUGAUAAAAAUACGUAUAUUGACUGUGAUUCUGAUAUUGAUAGCGUAGAAUGUGAAGAGACAUAUUGGUUUGAAAAUGAAGUUGUGUUUAUUCCGGCUAAUCAGAGAAUUACUCCACUUGAAUAUGUUGUAAAGUAA